CAUUUCCUUGGUUAUUCAACUUCAAAAUUAGAUAUAAAGAAGGUGUGGAGCAGUUCAUCUUCAUAUUGAUGACAGAAAACUGUCUGAAUCAAAAGAGAAAACAGCUGAUUUCUUCCCCGAAAGUGUUUUUAAAGACAAGAGAACUGCAUGGUAUCAGAAGUCAUUUGAAUUGGUCAUUUUAAGCAGACGUGGUGCAGAGUAUGAUGGGGUUGUGGCAACGUUGCCUGCCAGUGCUUCUUGUUGCAUUGGUAUCGCUUGCAACAUGGCAACAUUCAGCUCAUGCAGAAUCCCGUUUCUGUGAAGGAUCAAAGAAGGUUCAGCAGGAAGUGACUGAGCGCAGUCUGCUGCCUUGUGUUGACCUCCGUGACCCGAAGGUCAAAGGUGAGGGAUGGAUUCUGGACAAGGAUACACAGCCCUAUGAAGUGGAGGGAGUAACUCUCUGCCCUGUUCUGAGGUCUGGUUUGAAAGAGAGCAUUGUCCCAACAGUAGAGUGUUGCUCUGGCUACCAAGGCCCUCUAUGCGAUGACGGUAAACUUGUGGCAUAA